GCGGCGCAGAGAGGCUUGUCCCUGCGUGUUCGUGCGGGAGGUCGAGCCUCACAGAUCCGGAACCGGGAGAGACAGAGAGAGAGAGACAGAGAGAGAGAGAGAGAGAGAGAGGUUCCGUCCGUGGAUCCCGCAGCGGCCGCAGCUCCAGCUCUGCGUGGAUUCUUUAAUCGAUCCGCGAUCGCUCCGAUGGAUCAGUGAGGCGUCUGGAUCUGCGUGUUUCUGCGUGAAUUUCUGCGUGUUUGCCGGCGGUUCGGAGAGGUUCUGCGGCCAUGGGUUUCUACGGCACCCUGAAGCUCAUCUUCUACAAGAUGAAGAGGAAGCUGGAUCACGGUCCAGAUGGCCGGCCGUUCCCCUCAGGAAAGAAGCACUGCAAGGGGAACGGGUACCUCAGCCCCUCCAGUCUGGCUCAGGCCACGCCCACUACCUUCGGCGACCUGCGGCUGGCCAAUGGGCAUUCAGCUCAGCGCCGACGCGUCAACUCCGGCCCGCCUCCCUCUGGGCUGCAGGACUGGCUUCUCACCUUCCAGACGUGGAGCGGCCCGGAGAGGCUGCUGGCUCUGGACGAGCUGAUCGAUCGGUGCGAGACCAGCCAGGUGAAGCACAUGAUGCAGGUGAUCGAGCCUCAGUUCCAGAGAGACUUCAUAUCUCUGCUCCCCAAAGAGCUCGCCCUGUACGUGCUCACCUUCCUGGCCCCGAGGGACCUGCUGCAGGCGGCGCAGACCUGCAGGUACUGGAGGAUCCUGGCCGAAGACAACCUGCUGUGGCGGGAGAAAUGCCGUGAGGAAGGCAUAUCAGACGGCGUGCCGUAUCGUCGUAGAGAGAGCGUUCGCCCCGACGCUUCGUUCAGCCCGUGGAAAUCCGUCUACAUCAGACAGCAUCGCAUAGAGACCAACUGGAGGAUGGGCGACACGGGGGAACCCAUGGAGCUGAAAGGCCACGAUGAUCAUGUGAUCACCUGCCUCCAGUUCAGUGGCGACCUGAUCGUCAGCGGCUCGGAUGACAACACGCUCAAAGUCUGGUCGGCCGUCACUGGGAAGUGCCUGCGCACGCUGGCGGGCCACAGCGGCGGCGUGUGGUGCAGUCAGAUGGCCGGCGCCACGGUGAUCAGCGGCUCCACCGACCGGACGCUGCGGGUCUGGGACGCCGAGAGCGGCGAGUGCGUCCACGCCCUGUACGGCCACACGUCCACGGUGCGCUGCAUGCACCUGCACGGCGAAAGGGUGGUGUCUGGUUCCCGGGACACGACGCUGCGCGUGUGGGACGUGUCGACGGGCCGCUGCGAACACGUGCUGACGGGCCACGUGGCGGCGGUGCGCUGCGUCCAGUACGACGGGCGCCGGGUCGUGUCGGGCGGAUACGACUACAUGGUGAAGGUGUGGGACCCCGAGACGGAGGUGUGUCUGCACACUCUGCAGGGUCACACCAACAGAGUGUACUCUCUGCAGUUUGACGGCGUCUUCGUGGUGAGCGGCUCGUUGGACACGUCAAUCAGAGUCUGGGACGUGGAGACAGGAGGAUGUGUUCACACGCUGACCGGCCAUCAGUCGCUGACGAGCGGGAUGGAGCUGCGGGACAACAUCCUGGUGUCCGGGAACGCCGACUCCACCGUUCGAGUGUGGGACGUCCGGACCGGACAAUGUCUUCACACGCUGCAAGGUCCCAAUAAGCACCAGUCUGCAGUGACCUGCCUGCAGUUCUGCAGAGGUCUGGUUCUGUCCAGCUCCGACGACGGGACCGUCAAGCUGUGGGACCUGCGGACCGGCGCCUGGCUGCGGGACGUGGUGGCGCUGCAGAGCCGCGGAUCAGGCGGCGUGGUUUGGCGAAUCAGAGCGUCCGACACCCGGCUGGUUUGCGCUGCAGGAAGCAGGAACGGCACCGAGGAGACCAAGCUGCUCGUUUUGGACUUUGACCUGGACGACACCAACAACGACUCGGACCUGAAAUGAGAGAGAAACCGACCAAUCAGACUGAAGGAGGCGACAGAAACCGACUCUGUUGUUGUUGACCAAAGUCCGACUGAAGUCAGCUGUGAAUGUUACAACACGACCAGAAACGGACGGACGAAAAGAACCUGCUGCUGGACGAUAAAUCAAAAAGAAUAAUGGAUGUAAUAUAUGAAUGUCUGACGAACGAGGGAUUUCACUCCUUUUUCUUUUCUUCUUCUUUUUUUGCUGCUGUACCAAUGAGGAGGUGAAGAUGCUGUUUAAACUAACCAAACCUACCAAACCGUAACGGCGCUCGUCUUCAGUCAGUGUUGAUCUCAGACCGGUGUUAUUUCAGCUGGAAUGUCGUUUUCACAUCAUGAGAGGAGGGAGAGCAAACCCAGAAACCACAACCAGAGCCUCACAUCUGCAACAGCUGGAGCAACUAAAACCUCCGCUGGAAAUAAUAGAAGCAAAAUGAAACCGAUCCACUGCAGGUUAAAAUGGGGGAAAACAGAACAAAGGAUCAAUUAAAGGAAGGAUUUUAACUAUUAAUCAGAAGAUUUGGUCAGACACAUAAAAUCACAACUAUUACUGUUUUUUGUUGGAGAAAUUUUCAAAAACUUCUUGAUUUGAACUGAUUUCCUUCCUGCACUUUCAUCUCCACAUAUACAAAUUAUACAUCAAAAUGCAGGAAUUUUUCUCCUCUUUGACCCGGUGAAUCUGUCACUGCUGUGGGAUUUACAGUUUUCAGUCAAAUCCCCUCAGAGUGCUCAGUUUGCUAGCCUGAAAUCUAAUUCACUCCCGUUUUAUUUCAUCUCUAAACGUUUCCUUCAAAAACUACGCUCAAUAAUUUCCAACACUCAACAUUUCCACCAUAAAUCUCUAAAAGUUUCUUUUAAUUACAGUUGAAAAACAUUUGAUUUGUUUGAGGUUAAAAUUAAGCUCCACCUCUUUCUACAAAAAAGGCGGGAAUCGCCAUGGCAACCAUGUUUUGUUUGUUUUUUUGUUGUUACAGUAACCCAUCAUCAAAUCUAAUUCAAAAACAGCUAACAAAGGGAAGUUGUUGGACUUUCUGUAGUUUUUAAUUUGGUUUUCAACUCGUUUCACUUCAUAAAGUUUGAUAUUUACUUUUAAAUCCGGCAUUUAAUCCAGUCGUUCAAGGCUAAAUCUUAUGUUUUUCUUUGGAGGUGAAAGAAAUGAGGCAGAAAUAUCCAAGUUAUUCGCAGCGAGAGCUGCUCAAGGUCUGUAAAUGUUUCAGAUUGGAGGCAAAAUGCUUCUUUUAUCAUCUUUCUUUAGAAUAAGGAACAAUAAAAACAUUAUUUAUGUGAAGAAAAAAGAGAUUAUUAGACCCUAAACUCCCGCAGCAGACUCCUCUAAAUCCUGCGGAUUUAUUUUAUUCAGCCUUGUAAACUUUCUAAAUGUGAUGA